AAAUCCCCUCCCCUUUCCUCCACCUCGUCGCCGUUCUCUCCCGAAUCCCCCCAGGCUCGCAACCUUCUCCAGCCAUGGCGACCGCGACGCGGAGGCUGCUCCCCGCGCUCCUCAAGGCCCUAGGCCCUGCCGGCGCGCGGGGCCUCUCCACGGAGAAGGCUGUCGGCGCCGCCGCCGUCGUCGGCAGCCACACCGCCAAGUGGAUGCAGGACACAAGCAAGAAGUCACCAAUGGAACUGAUCAACGAGGUACCUCCGAUAAAGGUUGAAGGUCGAAUUGCCGUUUGUGAAGGGGCUUCUGAAGAUCCUUCCCUUGGCCAUCCGAUCGAGUAUAUCUGCCUUGAUCUUGAGGCACCUAAUGUGUGCAAGUAUUGUGGUCUUCGUUAUGUUCAAGAUCACCAUCACUAAGCACUGAAGAUACAGCCUUUACUACUGCAGAAAUUUGGAGUUGAUGCAUGCACAUUUGUUUCACAAUGUUCUGCUAGUGUACUCUGUAUUAUGCUUGAUGGCAAAAUAUUGUCUUUGAUGAUCGUCCUCUUUCGAUGACAUCUAAUAAGUCUGUGUUAACUGUGGAUUGAUUUUCAACGGAUUUCUUCCGUGCCA